CCCCUCCCCCGUGCCGGGGCGCGGCGGAGGGAUGUGGGGCUUUGCGGGAGGAAGGCUUUUCGGCAUUUUCUCGGCCCCAGUGCUGGUGGCUGUGGUGUGCUGCGCCCAGAGCGUGAACGAUCCCGGGAACAUGUCCUUUGUGAAGGAGACGGUGGACAAGCUGUUGAAAGGCUACGACAUUCGCCUGAGACCCGACUUCGGGGGUCCCCCGGUCUGCGUGGGGAUGAACAUCGAUAUCGCCAGCAUAGACAUGGUUUCCGAAGUCAACAUGGAUUACACCUUAACCAUGUAUUUUCAACAAUAUUGGAGAGAUAAAAGGCUUGCCUAUUCUGGGAUCCCUCUCAACCUCACGCUUGACAAUCGAGUGGCUGACCAGCUAUGGGUGCCUGACACAUAUUUCUUAAAUGACAAAAAGUCAUUUGUGCAUGGAGUGACAGUGAAAAACCGCAUGAUCCGCCUUCACCCUGAUGGGACGGUGCUGUACGGGCUCAGAAUCACCACAACCGCAGCAUGCAUGAUGGACUUGAGAAGAUACCCCUUGGAUGAGCAGAACUGCACGCUCGAAAUUGAAAGCUAUGGCUAUACCACAGAUGACAUUGAAUUUUACUGGCGUGGAGGUGAUAAGGCUGUCACUGGAGUGGAGAGGAUUGAGCUCCCUCAGUUCUCUAUUGUGGAGCAUCGUCUGGUCUCGAGGAAUGUCGUCUUUGCCACAGGUGCCUAUCCUCGGCUCUCAUUGAGCUUUCGGUUGAAGAGAAACAUUGGAUACUUCAUUCUCCAGACUUACAUGCCCUCGAUACUAAUUACAAUUCUCUCAUGGGUAUCCUUCUGGAUCAAUUAUGAUGCAUCUGCAGCUAGAGUUGCCCUUGGGAUCACUACUGUGCUGACAAUGACAACCAUCAACACACACCUCCGGGAGACAUUGCCCAAAAUCCCCUACGUCAAAGCCAUUGACAUGUACCUCAUGGGCUGCUUUGUCUUUGUGUUUCUGGCCCUUCUGGAGUAUGCCUUUGUCAACUACAUUUUCUUUGGAAGAGGCCCUCAAAGGCAGAAGAAGCUUGCAGAAAAGACAGCCAAGGCGAAGAAUGACCGUUCCAAGAGUGAAAGCAACCAGGUGGAUGCUCAUGGAAAUAUUCUAUUAACAUCACUGGUGGUUCACAAUGAAAUGAAUGAGGUCACAGGCAGUGUCGGUGAUACCAGGAAUUCAGCAAGACCCUUUGACAACUCAGGAAUCCAGUACAGGAAACAGAGCAUGCCUAGGGAAGGGCAUGGGCGACACAUGGGGGACAGAAGCAUCCCGCACAAGAAGACCCAUCUACGGAGGAGGUCUUCACAGCUCAAAAUUAAAAUUCCUGAUCUAACCGAUGUGAAUGCCAUAGACAGAUGGUCCAGGAUCGUGUUUCCAUUCACUUUUUCUCUUUUCAACUUAGUUUACUGGCUGUACUAUGUUAACUGAGUGACUGUACUUGAUUUUUCAAAGACUUCAUUUAACACUGAGUGAAAUAUUACUCUGCCUGUCAAGUUUUUAUACCUGUACACACACACAGACACACACAAGCAAACACACAUAUAUACAUACGC